GACAACAUGCCGGUCCGUUUUAUAUCUUAUGAAAUUUGACUCGUUGAUUGUCAAAACCCUGGUGAAGUUGAAAACCCAAUACCUCGUUUUAACUUUCGCUUUUUCUCGAUCUUUCCUUCUAAAUCCUUUGGACUGGGUUUGUUUUUCGCAUUGAACUUUUCAAUCCUUGAACCGCCAUGUGGUAAUGGGCCCUCGGUUGCAUUGAUUCACAUCUGCUAAUUGACUUUAUCAUAAUAUAAUGGCCUGUUCGUCGCGCGUCGUGUACGGUCCCAUUUUUUGAUAUUCACUUCUCGUUCCUCUUCUUAAUCGUAUCAGUGAGGGUGGUCCAUUGUCAUUUGCAUUCCACUUUCUUGUACAUGAACCCCAGGGUGGAAUUGUGACUGGCUCACCGACCACAACAUGGCUACCAGUGCUGCUGCUGUUGCGGAUCUUCCUCACGAUAGCCGUCAAGCCCAGGCGUUCGCGAUCACUUUCGUGUUUCCGGCCAUUGCGACAGUUGCCCUCUUUUUACGAUUGUACAGUAGAUCUUUGACUAGAUCCUUUGCUGCAGAUGAUUGGGUAAUUUGCUUUGCUAUGAUCGUAUACUGGGCGGAGACAUAUACUUCAUACAAAGUGAUAGAAUACAAUUAUGUUGGUAUUCACGUAUGGGAUCUUCCAGCCGACUGGGACUCCGUGCCCGGAGCAAAAUAUGGCUAUGCAACCGAACUCAUCUACAAUCCUAUCUUGGCUCUCGUGAAAACAUCCAUCCUUCUCUUCCUGCUUCGUCUCACCGGCCAAAAAUCUAAUGUCAGACUCACGAUUAUUGGCCUUUUGAUUUUCAAUGGCAUCAUGAUGGUUGUCACAUUCCUUCUUACCGCUUUUCAUUGUGUUCCCAUCGCUGCGAACUGGUACCCUGCCUUGUACCCCGAAGCUGUCUGCAUGAACUUUGCAAACUUUGUUACCGGGACCGCAAGUGUCAGUGUUUUGACUGACGUGCUGGCUUUGUUGAUGCCCACUUGGAUUGUCUACAAUCUACAGAUUUCAAGAAGGCAAAAGUUGAUGCUUGUUGCUAUAUUGUCAUUUGGUCUGAUAACCGUUGUUAUUGGUAUUAUUCGGAUUAUCCUUCUCGAUUCGUUCGAUCGUAAACCUCCUGCAGAUAUCACAUAUUCUCUUCUUUUCUGCAUUACAACAAUUGAAGUGGGCUUAUCAUUUGUUUGCGCGUGUGCGCCUGCACUUAAACCCAUCUUCGUUCGCAUCAUCCCCAAGCUUUUCGGAGACAGUAGUCGUUCGCGGAGUCAAAAGAAAUCUACCGAAGGAUAUGGACAGGGAAGAACAGCCCGUCGCCCAGAAGGCUAUGAACUGAGUAGGAGAACACCGCAUCAUACUACUGAAAUUGGAGCCGGCGAUAUAGAAGGAGACUAUGAUAAAAUGAGUGAUGUCACUGAUGUGGAGAGUGGUCACGGAAAAGGGGAUGGAUUGAACAAAGGUCAGAUGGGGAUCGCAGUGAGGACGGAAACCGAGGUGAAGUGGCAUGACAAUAUGUCUGUGAAUAAUGGAAAGCCAGUCAGAAAAAGCGGUAGCAGUACCGAAAGCCUUGUAUGAAUGAUUGAUGGGUUAUAAUUGUUUUAUGUGGGAUUUACUUCUCGAGUUGUCAUUUUAUUCGUCAUAUACCCCCUAUGCUUUGUAGAAAAACUUGCUACAAUCUAGCAAUUCAAUAUCGAUUUCAUCACGAGAUAUGUGAUCUGGACAUCGGAGUACGUGUUACUUCUCAUAUCCGCCCUUCGAAACUGCAAAGCGAUGGAGCAAACCAAGUGUCAAAGUGCCGUCUCAAAGUCAAAGUCCUCAAUUGUCCACGCACCGGUUCCAAUAUCAAAAGCCAUUUAUUACUCA